UUGUGUAUCUCUUAGUUGUCAAAAUUCAGCAAAGUAAAAAUAUGGCGUCGACGAGAAAAUUUGGAUUCGUAUAAAAUUUGCAAGAACUUGUACAGUAAAAGCUUACUAAAAGUACAUUAAGUGCAGAAAAAUAAGUGUAAAAUAAGUAAACAAAAUGAUGGACAGUCCACCUCCACCCAGAGAUUCCAGUCUAAGGAACAUAAUCGACAAAUUGGCAGAGUUUGUUGCACGGAAUGGGCCCGAGUUUGAAAUGAUAACCAAACAAAAGCAACGCGGCAAUCCCAAAUUCGAUUUUCUCUAUGGAGGCGAAUUCGCUGACUACUAUCAAUAUAGAGUGACUGCCGAACAAAAUUUUCUGAAACAACAAGGUACCAUACCGCAAGCCUCGCCUCAUCAUAUAACGCCUGUACAUCAUUUGCCACAACAUCAUAGUCAACAGUCGUCAUUACCACCGGUGCCGCAUCAUUUUACUCAAGGUCCACAAAACCAAAUGCAUAUUAUACAACCACCUGGAAUGGCACAAAAUUCGCACGACGGAAAUACUUUGAAUAUAAAUAUGCAACAACCGCCGCCAACGGCAAAUAACAGUGCUAAUAUAGCAAUAAAUAUAACAGGACAAAUCGAGGCGAUUAACAUCCAGCAAAAUACUUUGCGUGAACAAAUUCAUCAAUCUGAGUCAAAUCUCUCUGCACAACACUCGGCAAUGAUGACACAACAAUCCAAACAAAUUGAAGAGGCCAUUGAAACGGCACAAAAUGGGCAGCUGGAGAAACAGGCCGAAGAUAAUAGCAUUGCGUUACGUGAAUUUGAUAGCAUUUUGCAGCCAAUAAUCGAAUCAUGCACCAAGGAUAGCAUAUCUGCAGGCAAAAACUGGAUAUUACAGCAUUCAUCCGACAGCGCAAAAAGCAAUGUUGUUUUACAAUAUCUUUUAAAAAAGGCUUUGGUCAAUGGUUCAACAUUUCAACAAAAAUUGCAUCUUAUAUAUUUAGUAAAUGAUAUACUACAUCACUGCGUACGCAAAAAUUCGAAUGACUUGAAGAACAAUUUGGAAAAUGUGGUCAUACCGAUGUUUUGCAGUGCAGAUUUAAUUGCCAGUGCAGACCAGCGUGCCAAACUUACUAAACUGCUCUCGCUGUGGGAGUCAAAGGCGAAAUUUUUCGACGCCUGUGUUAUAUCGAAGCUGCAAUCGCCUGACUCUUCGAUGCAAGAAUACAAAACAAAUUUGCAGAACUUGCAUCAGGAUAUUGUAACAAAGUUUGCACAAACCACGAAGGCCACAUUAGAGAAUUACCAAAAGCAGCAUCAAGUCUUCAUUCAACAUGCCACUCAACAAAUCACACAACUGGAGCAACAAAAACAACAAAUGGAACAGCAAAUGUUGGCAUCUGUGUUGCCCAAUGCAGCUGCAAUCUUGCCGGUAACUCCAACAUUACCUCCACAACAACAACAAUCAGUUAUGUCUAAAAUUCCAUCACUUAUGGCACAAAAGGUGUCGAUGCCAGGCACAGAUGAUGAUGAACUCAUAAAACCACCGGGUGUUGAUGACGCCAAUUAUAGUAGCGGCAGUGGUGUUGCAACUAAUCGCAACCAUCAUUAUCAACAACAGCAACAAAAAAACCAACAAUACGAUAAUAAUAUUAAUUUCGGACAAUCAUCGAAUGUUCCUCAACAUGCGUUAGAUAGCAUGCAACAGCAGCAGCAGCAACAACAACAACAACAGGGCGGUACGAAUAAUUUCUUCAUACCAGAUUUGUCGCGACCUCCUCCAGGCUUUGCAAGUGCUGGCAAUUCGUCCUCGAAUCAAUUGCCGGUAAAUUUGCAGCCAGCAUUUACACAAAUAAAUAACAUUCCUCAACAUCCUGUCAAUAGUAACAACAGUGUAGGCGCUGGUAAUAUGGAUGGUAGCAAUUUGAAUGCAGCUGGGCCCAACAUAGAUGUAAUGGCACUGAAUGCGGCCAUACAACUUGUGCUAAAUCAGCAAAAUCAACAAAUUCAAAAUUCUCAACAAAAUUUAGAUAUGAGCGGGCAAAUAAUGUCAAAUUCCGAUUUGCAAGCAAAUGUGCCGUCAUUGGCGCAACCGCAAAUGCCGCCCCAACAUAUGAUUGACAAUGAAGAUAUUCCCGGGCAAUUGGGUAUUAUACCGGCACAAAUUGAAGUUGAGGAGCAAAAGCCAUCAGCACCGUACUACGAUUUACCAGCGGGUUUGAUGGUGCCUUUGAUACGUCUUGAUGACUAUAAUUACAAACCGCUCGAUCCUGCGGAAAUACGAUUGCCACCACCCGCACCACAAAGUGAGCGACUGACUAAUGCAUUAGCGGCAUUUUACGCGCCUCCAACACAUGAUCGACCACGAGAUACUGAGGGCUGGGAAAAACUUGGUCUGUAUGAAUAUUAUAAAGUGAAGAAUGCGGCGAAAAAGCAGAAAGAAGAGGAACUACAGAAGGGUGAACGAGAAAAAACACGCUCACCUUCGCCUAUAGUUAUAGAAAAACCGAAAACGAAAAAACUUAAUAAGCGAUGUUAUCGUUCAAAAAGUCGCAGUCGGUCUAAGUCUCGUUCACCAUACAAAUCUCCACCUCCAGCCCGUUCAUCUUCCAAUCGUCGCAACAAUCGAUACAACCGAAGAAGCCGCUCACCCAGACGUUCGCCUCAAAGAGAAAGAAAUGAACGGGAACGUGAUAAUUCUAGCAGUAGUCGAGAGAAUAGGCCUGAGCGUGCUAAUCCAAGACGUGAACGCUCUGUUACCCCUCCUAGCUUCUAUGGAGGUAAUUUUCCAAAACCUAAUGAAUUUAUUGAAGAAACAAACAAGGGCCAUCAAAUGCUAAAGAAAAUGGGUUGGGCUGGUUCGGGUACUGGUUUAGGAUCAAAACAGCAGGGCAUCGACCAACCCAUUUCAGGCGGCGAAGUUCGCGAUCGCAAAGAUAUGUUCAAGGGGGUUGGAAUUAACAUGAAUGAUCCGUUUGAAAAUUUCCGUAAGAAUAAAGGUGCAGCUUUUGUGCACAGAAUGCGUGCACGAGAUGACAAAAGUUAAAUUAAUUAUUUUGUAUGAUAUCAAAAUAUUGAAUAUUAUUUGAAAAGGCUAAAUUAAAUAAAAGUUCUAUUGUAGAAACAUUAAUUCUUUGUUAACGAAAUGAACAGAAGAACGUAUUACAAUAUUAUUAUUUUGUUCG